AUGAAGAUCUCGUGCUAUGGACCAGUGCGUCUGGACAGCCUGGCUUGCACCACCAUAUUCUCUGCAGUCUGGGCUGUCCUGGCUCUGCUUGGUUCGGUGCACGGCUGUCCCGCAGUCUGCAUCUGUUCCUCAAAUUUCACAAACUGCACUGGUGUGGGCCUUGUGUCUCUAACUCCCGUCACACCCAUCCUGAACCGGGACUUACUCGAGCUACACCUCUCCCAAAACAACCUCUCCUCUCUGGGGGACUCUGAACUGUCCAACCUCAGCUCCCUGGAAAUCCUGGAUCUAUCUCAAAACUAUUUUUCCAACCUACAAGACGGAGUGUUUUCCAGUGUGACUAAUUUAAGAUGGUUGAAUUUGUCUGGGAACUACCUCGGUGGUAAAUUGGGAUCCUUGUCUGGCCACGUGGAGAAACUAGAGAUUGCUUUUGGAUUAAAUAAAAGUCAUGGAAGUAUGGGGAUCAAUAAGGAUGUUUUCAGGAGGUUGCUGAGGCUAAGAGGACUAGACUUGUCGUUCAAUGGGCUAUUGUGGCUUCCUAAAGGCCUGCUGGAUGAGCUGCAGGAGCUGGCCUGGUUGUCUUUAGCCGGAAACAGGCUCACGUCCCUGGACAGAGCAACGUUCGAGCCCCUGGACAAGCUUCAGCAGCUCCAAGUCAGUGGAAAUCUCUGGGUGUGUGACUGCAAACUGAGGGACUUUAAGCACUGGAUGGAGUGGCUCAUUUACAGAGAUGGGCAGGUGGACUCGAUGCACUGCAGUCUCCCGGGGAAUCUCAGAGGCCGAGACAUCCGCAGCGUACCGGCCGAGAUGUUCAGCUACUGCGCGCGUCAACAAAUAAGCAAACUCGCCAUGUCAACCAUGUCCACCACCACCACGACCACCACCACCAGAGCGAAAGAGCCCCACUACGCCACAAGACCGCCCUGUCCUCCGGGCCGCAUCCAGAGCAACGAAGACUGCGUUCGCCAGCGCUACCGCCCUGUGAGCGUGAGAAGGGCCCACGGGACGCAGAUCAUAGCCGGGGUAGUGUGCGGGACGGUUUGUGUGAUGAUGGUGGUUGCGGCGACUUACGGCUGUGUCUACGCGUCGCUGAUGGCCCGGUACCAGAAGGAGGUGAAGAACAGGGGGCAGCCUCUUAUGGCAGAGUCCUGUGCGGACACGGAUUUGGAGGACGGGCAAAUGUCUCCAACUUCGCAGCAAGAAUCGCCCCCGAAAGAUGCCAGCGGUCUUGUGCAUGGCUAUCGGAUAAGCAGCUUCUGA